CCAUGACAACAUAAAUAUAAACAAACAUGGCCAAAUUUUGACAGUCGCCUCCCUCCAUCACGCUAUUUUUGCCUCUCACGCGCCACAGAAAAGCCACAGGGAGAUAAAAAUAGACGAGAAGAGACAUAUUACCAAGAGACAUGUUAUGGAAGCCCUGAAAUAGGUGGAAAGUGUGCGUAGGCGGUGAAAACAGUGGUGGAAAUAGUGUGUGUGUGUGUGUGUGUGUGUGGAGGUCAGGCUACGUGUGUGACUGUGUGUGUGUGUGUGUGUGUGUGUGUGUGUGUAUAGACUGCCGUGUGCGUGUAUGUAGACUUUUGUGUGUGUGUGUGUGUGUGUGUGUGUGUGUGUGUGUGUGUGUGUGUGUUUACUUAUAAGGACUUCAUCUUCCUCCUCCUCCUCUUCCUCUUCCUCCUCCUUUCCUCCUUCCUUUCAUUCUCUCUCUCUUACUUUCUCUUUCUUUCUUUUUUCAUACUUCCUUCCAUCUGCUGUGUGUGUAUGUAGACUCCUGUGUGUGUAGGCCCGGCUAUGUGGGUGACUGAAUGUGUUCGUAUUUAUAAACUGGUGUGUGCGUGUAUGUAGACCCCUGUGUGUGUGUGUGUGUGUGUGCAGCCAUGGCGAGCACACAGGCGGACAAGAAUGGGCUGUACCAGAUGCGCCCCGACCUCAAGGACAAGUUCCGUCCGAGUGUUGUCAGGGAGGUGAUCUACAACACACUGGCGGAGAAGUUGACGGGGUUUGUGUACAACCCCGAUUCUGCCGAGGAGAUGGCCACUGGGAUCUCCCGAGUGCUGCUGGACAAGCUAAAAGAGAUGAACUUUCCGCGCUACAAGUACGUGGUGAGUGUGGUGAUCGGUGAGCUGCGAGGGGAGGGCGUAAAGGUGGGCGCGCGCUGCCUCUGGGAUGCCGACACCGACAACUACUCCUCCAACAUGUUCUUAGCGGAAACCUUCUUCUGCACCGCCACAGUCUUUGCCACCUACUACUACUGAGCCACCAGCCACACACGCCCCUGCUGCUGCUGUCUCCGCACUAGGGUCAUGAGGCCAUAGCAAAAUAACUGUUAAGACUGAAAGUGAAGAAUGAGAAAACUAGUCAAGCUCAGGAAAUGGGAGUUGAGUGUUAUGUGUGAUUGUUCCUGGUGCUCAGAAGUCAGACUAUGGUGGUAUUUGGGUCUGUAAUUCCCUACCAUUAAGAAUUCAGACAAUGGUGUGCUUGUUGUGGAUGUCAUUAUAGUUUUUUUUGUUGUUUUGAGUGUCAAGAAUUCACUCACUCGGUGUUUUCAGAGCCCAGAAAUUCAUAUUAUUUCUUUUUCUCUGUAUAUAUUCAAAGCAAUUUAUUUUUUCCGUAUAUCUGUCUAUAGUAUGUGUGGUGUUUCAGAUCCCAGGAAUUCAGAUUGAUCCAUUUUUUGUUAUAUUUUCAGAUUAAUUUAUUUUCUGUAUUAAUUGUUUAUAGUGUAUGAGAAGGUAUGCCUCUCAUGUACCUUUGUUGUAUAUAUUCAGAUUAAUUUUAUUUCUCUUGUUUAUUUGUUUUAAGUGUGUGUGAAGGUAUGUCUCGGUGGUGGGUACCUUCAUUGCAGCGAUGGUCAGUAUUUUUCUUUGCCUUCGUGAUGAAACUCAGGUGUAGAAAAUAAUAUCCAUUGUACUUAUGUUGCUUUAUGCUAGUCUGUUUACUUAGUCAGGUAUUAUUUAUUUCUCCUUUUCUUUCCUUUUGAUCUCUUUUUGUAGCAUUCGUGGGACACUCUUGUAUUUCUUCUUUCUCUCUUUCUCUACUUUCCUUUCUAUUUCACCCUUUGUGCUAAUUGUGGGACAGUCUUGUAUUUCUUCUUUCUCUUUUUCUCUACUUUCCUUUCUAUUUCAUCCUUUGUGUUAAUUGUGGGACAGUCUUGUAUUUCUUCUUUCUCUUUUUCUAUACUUUCCUUUCUAUUUCAUCCUUUGUGUUAAUUGUGGGACAGUCUUGUAUUUCUUCUUUCUCUUUUUCUCUGCUUUCUUUCUUCCUUAUUUAUUUACUUCUUGCAUUUCCUUUCCAUUUCAUCUUUUUUAUCAUGGGUGGGAGUCUUAUGUUAUUUUUUCCUCUUUUCUUUUCCUCCCAUUUCAUCUUUUGUAUCAUUUGCAGGACAGCCUUGUAUUACUUCUUCCUCUUUUCUAUACUUUCCUUUCCGUAUCAUCUUUCGUAUCAUGUGUGGGACAGUGUGUGGGUUAUUUCUUCCUCUUUCUCUUUUCUUUCCUUUCCAUUUCGUCUCUUUCUCUCAUGUACAUUGGCUGUGUCUUAUUCCAGUGCAUGACAAAACCAGAGCUCAUAAUUAGGUUACAAACACAUUAUCCUGGUAUCUUUAUCUCUUUGUAUCAUAUCUACUACUGUGUCCUAUUCCAGUGCAUAAGAAUCACAGAGCUCAUAUUAGGUUACAAACACAUUAUCCUGGUAUCUUUAUCUCUUUGUAUCAUAUCUACUACUGUGUCCUAUUCCAGUGCAUAAGAAUCACAAGGCUCAUAUUAGGUUACACACACAUUAUCCGGAUAUCUUAGUAUUUUAAUCUGUGUAUCAUAUCUGCUACUGCGUCCUAUUCCAGUGCAUAAGAAUCACAGAGCUCAUAUUAGGUUACACACACAUUAUCCUGGUAUCUUAGUAUCUCUUAAAUUUUGUAUCAUAUCUAUUAGUGUCUUAUUCCAGCGCAUGAUAAACACAAGCUCAUGUUAGGUUACACACAUUCUCUUAGUAAAUUUAGUAUGUUUUCAACUAAAUAAGAAUGCAAUUAGUCAUAUUUUCUUAACUAAUGAUAGUAUUGUCCGAUUCAUGUAACGACGGACGUCUGUUUUAUUUUCCUUUGUUUAUUUUUCUUUCCUUUCCUUUCUGUUCUAUUUCGUCUCCUUUCCUUUGUUUAUUUUUUUCCUUUCCUUUCUAUUCCAUUUCUUCUCCUUUCCUUUGCUUUAUUUUCCUUUUCCUUUCCUUUCCUUUGUUCCGUUUCAUCUCAUUUUUUUUCAUUUUCCUCUCCUUCCCGUUUCAUUUUCCUUUCCGUUCUGUUUCAAUUCCCUUUAUUUCCUUUGUUAUGGGUAAAAAGAAUGGUUUCUGGUCACUGAAAUGGACUACAGUAAUGAGUUAUUGGUGAUAUGAUGUCCAGAUCUGUAGCUUUGUUUUCAAGAGUACUGUUGUGUUAAGUUAUUUAGAGGUGAUGGCAGCUGUCGUCCUCUGCAUGUCCCGGUUUAUUCUUCUGAGUGGCAGACUCCCGGCAGUUUUGUUUUUUUCAAUAGAAUGAGUUGUUAUGUUUGGACUACCUCCAUAUCAUGUUUGAGGCAUGCAGAGUAGGGGCAUAAGGGACAGAGGUAGUAUUUCUCAGUUUGCACUGGGAAAGACAGGCUACACAUCACAGGAGGAACAAGACACAAGUUACAAGGGAAAAGCGACCUUGUAUUUAGUGUACCAAGGGUUGAUUUUCCAUUGCAACGUAUAUCUUGUUCAAAGGAUGUAUGACUUAUCUUUACUAGUACAAACAUGAAUAAACUGGCUCUAUCCCUUUGUUAGUUAGUCCUUUAUGCCCCUUCUCAGGACACCUCAUUUGAUGUUACCUGGUGUUCCUUUUUCUUGCUAGUCUGGAGGUGAGGUUUGGUAACUUCACACCACACCACACCAUGAGAGCACUGCACAGAAGUCAUUAACCCGUGGGCUUCAGCUAUUGGAAAGCCGAGAAGUGGCCGUGAAACGACAAAAUUACACUGCAUUUUGAGAUUAAGAAAAGAGCAUGGAACGUACAUCAGAGUACUCCUCUCACAACCAUAAAGCCGUUAAAAAUAUUUACUUUUACUCAAACCCCAUUCUUUCUGGGUGGUGUUUGUUACAAAAUAAACAGUCUCGUGAUGCGUGGCAUCUAGCCGAGUUGCUUUUUGUCUACUACAGAGAAUUUGACAAGUGAUUACUGUAUGGAUAGCUAGUUCAGUAUGCCAUGACCUUACAGCACCACCUAUGACAAAAAAGCCCACCUCAAGAUCACUCACCCACCAUAAAUGACCUAGGGCAUUAGUGGUGGGUUGCGCUAUGCCACCACCGCCUACAAUUAGCUUGAAUUAGGUGUUUUAUGGCGAGCCCUUUUUAGGGUUCGCCGUACCACAGCCACGACUUGUGAAAGCCCUAAAAAGGGUCUGCCGACGUUCUCGGGUUAAAGGCUCACACACGACUACCGUCGGCCAUGUCCUGACCUGUGUAGUCCCAUGGUGCUGGUGGCUGUGGUGUGGGGUUCCUUCCUUUGUCUAUCAUCUGUGUGGAGGCAGGAAUGUGACAAGCUGAGUGUGUGACAGACUGAAUGUGUGACAGGUUGAAUGUGUGACAGGCUGCCAACAAUCAGUGAGGAGUAAGCACAAAGCUGGGAGAGUAACAUUUGCCAGAGCAGUGUUGCCAUUCCCAAACCAGUCAUUUAGGUUUAGCGAAGUUAUCGGUUAAACAAUAAACUUUUGCACCCAUA